ACACAAAUUCAAAAAGCCUCUUUUUUUAAAUAAGGCGGGGGAGAUUGAGGAGUCUUCUCGAGUACGCUGAAACAAAUUCCCCCAUAUAUACCAAAACCCAUCUCUCUCGUUCGCUCGCUCUCUCUCUCUCUACCAAUUUUUAUUUUGGUUAGUUUAAUUUUGUUGUUUUUCUGAGAAUGGAAUUGGACCCAGAUGAUGUGUUCAGAGACGACGAAGAAGACGCCGAUAAUGAAUUCUAUCGGGAAAAGGAGGCCACCAAAACGCUUCUGGUUUACCUUGUCGAUGCUUCCCCCAAAAUGUUCUCCACUUCUUGCCCUUCCGGAGAUCAAAAGGAUGAAACUCAUUUUCAGAUUGCUGUUAGUUGUAUCUCGCAGUCGCUGAAGACCCAGAUCAUUAAUAGAUCGUAUGAUGAAGUUGCUAUUUGCUUCUUUAACACCAGGGAAAAGAGAAAUUUGCAGGAGUUAAAUGGAGUUUUUAUAUUUAAUGUUGCUGAGAGGGAGUAUCUAGACAGGCCAACAGCAAGGCUUAUAAAAGAAUUUGAUUGCAUAGAGGAAAGGUUUAUGAAAGAAAUUGGGAGUCAGAAUGGUAUUAUCUCUGGGACUCGAGAAAAUUCUCUUUACAAUGCUCUUUGGGUAGCACAAGCACUUCUGCGUAAAGGAUCUGCAAAGACAGCUGAUAAACGGAUACUUCUUUUUACAAAUGAAGAUGAUCCUUUUGGGAAUAUCAAGGGAGCGACAAAAAUAGAUAUGACAAGAACCACAUUGCAGAGAGCUAAAGAUGCCCAAGAUCUAGGCAUCUCAAUUGAACUUCUUCCCUUGAGUCAGCCUGAUGAGGAGUUCAAUGUUUCACUUUUCUUUGCUGAUUUGAUUGGAUUAGAAGGGGAUGACCUUGCUCAGUUUUUACCCUUAGUGGGAGAGAAGUUGGUAGAUAUGAAGGAUCAGCUGAGAAAGCGUAUGUUCACGAAGCGCAUAGUUAGAAAAAUUGCAUUUUCAAUUGCUAAUGGAUUAUCAAUUGAACUGAAUACAUAUGCUUUGAUACGUCCCACUAUUCCAGGAGCAAUUACCUGGCUUGAUUCUGUUAGCAAUUGUCCCUUGAAGGCUGAAAGAUCUUUCAUCUGUUCGGAUACUGGUGCAUUGGUGCAAGAACCUCUUAAACGCUACCAACCUUACAAAAAUGAGAAUAUUAAAAUUUCAGUGGAGGAGCUAUCAGAGAUAAAAAGAAUUUCUACUGGACAGCUUCGUCUUCUAGGAUUCAAGCCAUUAAGUUGCUUGAAAGAUUAUCAUAACUUGAGGCCAUCGACAUUUAUUUUUCCCAGUGAUGAGGAAGUGUUCGGUAGUACUUGCAUUUUCAUUGCCCUGCACAGAUCGAUGUUACGGCUCGAGCGAUUUGCAGUUGCAUUUUAUGGCAGUUCUUCUCAUCCUCAGCUGGUUGCCCUUAUUGCUCAACAUUACCAAUUUCCUGAAAAUUCUCAGAAAGAGAUUAUCAGCCAUGGUGGUCAGGUUGAGCCGCCAGGAAUGCACAUGAUAUAUCUUCCAUACUCUGAAGACAUCAGACAUGUUGAAGAGCUUUAUUCAGAUUCAAAUGGUGCUGCACCAAAAGCAACUGAUGAUCAAAUUGAGAAGGCUACUGCUUUAAUGAAACGUAUCGAUUUGAAAGAUUUUUCAGUAUGCCAAUUUUCUAACCCUGCCUUGCAGAGGCACUAUGCAGUAUUGCAGGCCUUGGCUUUGGAGGAGCCCGACAUCCCAGAAACAAUAGAUGAAACCCUCCCUGAUGAGGAAGGCAUGGCUAAACCAGGGGUAGUUAGUGCAGUAGAAGAAUUCAAGCUUUCUGUCUACGGCGACAACUAUGAUGAGGAAAAGGAACUUGUGGGAAAUGGAAAAGCAAGUGAGGCCUCCAAAAAACGAAAAGCUAUUGCUGAUAAUGCGGUUAAGGAGUCUGCAAACUAUGAUUGGGAUGACCUUGCAGACAAUGGGAAGUUGAAGGAUUUGACGGUGGUGGAGUUGAAAUACUACUUGACAGCACACAGCCUUCCUGUUGCUGGAAAGAAAGAGGCUUUGAUCAGCAGGAUAUUAACUCACAUGGGAAAGUAAGGAACUUAAGGCUAACUCAGUGUAUCUUUUGCAAAAGAGACUAAAGCUUUUUGGCAAAGACGGGGGUGAUUAUAGGACUUUGAUAAGGAUGGUAUAACUUAGCUUGUGAAGAUUUUGGGUUCAGACAAGAGUAGGAAGCUGUAACUGAAUUGUUUUGUAGCCUAUCAUUUUGUGUAAGUAUUGCUUGUGUAGCUGCUCUGUUUGUUACUUAACAGAUGCCUUGUGUUUGUGCUUGUAUUUUUCUGUAUUUAUUUGUUUUAUAAUUGAGUUCAUUCCUCUGGAAAAAAAAGUUUUUA